AACCCCCCUCAAAUUUCUUAAAUUUUCCUAAUGACACCUUAACUAACUUCUCUUCGUUCUAGCAUUAAUCUGUUUGCAUUUCUUCAAGAAUUUCACUUAAUCAAUUUCCAUCUUGCACUUGGACCAGCCAUUCCAUAACUUAUCAUCCAAAUCCCCAACAAAAACGCUCUUUAGUGCAUGGAAGCUCCACCGAUCCAAAUAUAGGGAUUUUCUUUUUAUUGGAGAUUUUUUUUAAUAAAUGGCUUCGUGGCUCAAAGCCGCAGAAGAUUUGUUUGAGGUUGUAGACCGAAGGGCAAAGUUGGUUGUUAGUGAAUUGUCAGAUGAGCAUGCUGAUUCUCAGUCACCAGCUUCUAAUGGGCAAGGGUCUCAACCCAGGAGGGCAAAGUCUAAGACAAGGGCUCGAAAGAGGCUAUCCACAAAUGAAUCCUAUCAAGCAAGUAACACUACAGGGGAGUUGUCUAAUACACAAACUUCAAAAUUAGAUGUGAUAUCUGAUAUAGAUAGGAAUACUCUUUCUGUUGAAAAUGAUGCUACCCCCUCUAGCCAGUCGAUACUCCAAACACUCACUGAACAGCAACAGAAUACCGACAGAGGUGUCUCUAGCAUUGCAUCAUCAGAAAGACUAGCAAAUGAAGUUGUUAAGGAUAAUGCUUAUCAUGUAGAAGUACCGGUGACUGCUGCUGAUGCUGAGGCUGCAACAUCAACUUCAAAUGGUGAGCUUCUCAAUGAGAAGGAUUCUGAUGUUCCCGUAGAACUUGUUCCUUCCCCAUUACCUGCCAAAGAAAUAGAGAUUCUCAAUGAAGAUCACCAAGACCAUCCAUUUGAUGCUGACAUCAAGCUAAGGGAUGCUGUUGUUUCUUCAAAUAUUGACCAAGAGAGAUCUCAGUUAGCAAUUACUGAUCCUCCUGUUAAUGGUGAAACUUCAGUAAAAGGUGCAGAUCUUAGGGCUGAGCCUCUGGUUGAUCAACAGAACCACCAGCAGCAGAGUAAAGCUGAUACAUCACUCAUGAAAAUACAGGACCAACUUGAUGAGGCUCAAGGACUGCUUAAGACUGCAAUUUCCACUGGCCAGUCAAAAGAGGCAAGGUUAGCACGGGUUUGUGCUGGACUUUCAACCCGCCUUCAAGAAUACAAAUCUGAAAAUGCACAGCUGGAGGAACUUCUCAUUGCAGAGAGGGAGCUGAGUAGAUCAUAUGAGGCUCGUAUAAAGCAGCUACAGCAAAAUUUGUCUACAUCUAAAAGUGAAAUGACAAGAGUAGAGUCAAAUAUGGCUGAGGCUUUGGCUGCAAAAAAUUCUGAAAUUGAGGCCCUUGUUAACUCUAUGGACACACUCAAGAAACAGGCUACUUUGUCUGAAGGAAAUCUGGCUUCAAUGCAGGCAAACAUGGAGUCUAUUAUGAGAAACAGAGAACUCACAGAGACAAGGAUGAUGCAGGCAGUUAGGGAGGAGCUGGCCUCCACAGAACGAAGAGCAGAAGAAGAACGUGCAGCACAUAAUGCUACCAAAAUGGCAGCAAUGGAAAGGGAAGUGGAAUUGGAACAUAGAGCUGUUGAGGCGUCCACAGCCCUUGCUAGGGUCCAGAGAAUUGCUGAUGAGAGAACAACAAAGGCAGCAGAACUUGAGCAGAAAGUGGCACUGCUUGAGGUUGAGUGUGCAUCAUUAAAUCAAGAGCUGCAAGAUAUGGAAGCCCGUGCUCGUCGCAGUCAAAAGAAGUCCCCAGAAGAGGCAAAUCAAGUGAUUCAGAUGCAGGCAUGGCAGGAAGAAGUGGAGCGUGCACGUCAAGGUCAGAGAGAUGCUGAGAGCAAGCUUUCUUCUAUGGAGGCCGAAGUGCAAAAAAUGAGGGUUGAAAUGUCUGCCAUGAAGAGGGAUGCUGAGCACUAUUCACGUCAGGAGCACAUGGAGCUGGAGAAGCGCUACCGUGAAUUAACUGAUUUGUUGUACUACAAGCAAACACAGUUAGAAGCCAUGGCUAGUGAAAAAGCUGCUGCAGAGUUUCAGUUGGAGAAGGAGGUGAAGCGUCUUCAAGAAGCACAGGUUGAAGCAGAAAGGGGUAGAGUUUCCCGUCAUGCAUCCUCGUCUUGGGACGAAGAUUCUGAAAUGAAGUCACUUGAGUAUGCUGUUUCAAUUCCAACUAAGCCUCUUCCCUUGCAUCACCGUCAUAUGGCAGCAGCAACCAUGCAGUUGCAGAAGGCAGCAAAGCUAUUGGAUUCAGGGGCUGCCAGAGCCACAAGAUUUUUAUGGCGGUACCCAACAGCUCGACUUAUCCUUCUUUUCUAUCUGGUAUUUGUACACCUCUUCUUGAUGUAUUUAUUGCAUCGCCUUCAGGAACAAGCGGACAAUCUUUCUGCUAGAGAAGUUGCAGAGUCUAUGGGUCUUGCCAACCCAACUUUACCAUGAUUGAGGAAGUUGCUCCUAAUCGAAAAGCUUAUGCUGUGUUUUUGUCUGCAAAUUGUGGCUUGUGAAUAUCCAGCAAAUAAUAUGCAAUACACCCAAAGGAAAGUGAAAACUCUUUGCUGUUUGCUUUUUAUACAAAUCAUUUGACGAAAUUGUUGAUCCCAGAGAAAUUGGUGCAAGUUAGAAGUAUCAUAUUACUUGAUGUAAAGACAAAAAUUCGAACGUGCAUGCAAAUAUGCUGUGUUAUUUCCAUAGUCAGUUUUGGUGUGCCUUUCAAAAAUUAAAAUGAAGUUACAAUGGGGGGCCACCAUUUUGUAGAUCCAGAAGUUUCUUCAUGAAUGGAAUAUUCUUUUACUUGUAAUGGUCGAUUUCAGGCACUAAGAUUGAUCAGUUCUUUUAUUGUGGAUUUGUUCGCAAUACUGACUUGGCGUCAACUUCUGAAUCUUGAGAAUAUUUGUACAUUUGAUAGAUGAAUAUUGCUGUGGCUGGGUAGCAUCAUUACGUUGUAUUAUUAAAUGAUUAGAAAUUGGCCUAAUUGCCAAAAAAAUAGAACGAUUUCUAUUUUGAUUUUUGA